CAAAAUGUCCAGGUCUCCACUGCUGUUGUAGAACCUUACAAUAGCGUGCUCUCCACGCAUUCUCUCCUUGAACAUACAGACGUGGAUGUGCCUCUGGAAAAUGAAGCCAUUUAUGAUAUUUGUAGGAGAUCUUUAGACAUUGAAAGGCCAACAUACACCAACUUGAAUAGAUUAAUAUCCCAAAAAAUCUCUUCUUUGACCACUUCUUUGAGGUUUGAUGGUGCCAUUAAUGUGGACAUUACGGAGUUUCAAACUAACCUUCUCCCAUAUCCUCGUAUCCACUUUAUGCUCUCAUCUCAUGCCCCUGUAAUCUCCGCCGCCAAGGCUUACCAUGAGCAACUAUCAGUUCCUAAGAUCACAAGUGCUGUAUUUGAGCCCUCAAGUAUGAUGGCCAAGUGUGAUCCGAGGCAUGGGAAGUACAUGGCAUGCUGCUUGAUGUACCGUGGUGACGUCAUACCAAAGGAUGUAAAUGCAGCUGUAGCUACCAUUAAGACAAAGCGAACAGUUCAAUUUGUUGACUGGUGA